AUGAAACUCCUGCUACCCAAAGACACACAUGUAGCCAGUGCUAACUCAGCCAUUGGACCUGAUCUCAGCGUGGUCUCGUGUUGUGCGCAUUCUAUGACACCAAGUCACACGCUUUUCCUCCAAAUAUCCGCCACGGCCAACAUCACCAUUUCCGCCAUGUUCCCCCUGGCGUAUCGGAUGCUGGUACUCGGUGCUGCGAUGACGAUGUGGGAGACGUUGGAUGUCCCCACCCAGCUAGCUGCUGCAGCAAUGAAAGAGGAAGCGAGCAGAAAGCACCAUCAUGAUCCAUGA